UGUUUUUUCCCUCCCUCCAAUGUCUCGUAUAUUUUGUGUUAUAUAUAAAAUAACGAGUCCCCAUGCUUCCUCCUUAACACUAUAAGCUAAGGGCGAGUGUCACCAAACAUUACCCCCAAAGAAAAGAGAAAACGAAGAAGAAAGGAAAAAAUGGUGGUUGCUGGUCCAGGUGGUGGUGGAGGUAUUGGUGGUGUGGCUGACAUGAAGAGUCUGACCACCCAGAUCGUCACCGGCCGGUGGUUCAUGGUGUUCGCAUCACUUCUAAUCAUGUCGGCUGCUGGUGCAACCUAUAUGUUUGCACUCUACUCCCCUGAUAUCAAAGAUGCCCUGGGUUAUGAUCAAACCACCCUUAAUUUGCUUAGCUUCUUCAAAGAUGUAGGUUCCAAUGUUGGUGUCCUCUCGGGCCUAAUCAAUGAGGUCACUCCUCCAUGGGUGGUUCUGUCAAUGGGGGCAGUCUUGAAUUUUUUUGGUUACUUCAUGAUAUGGCUUGCCGUGACCAAAAAAAUUACUGGUGUUCAAGUGUGGCAUAUGUGCUUAUACAUAUGUAUAGGUGCUAAUUCUCAAUCUUUUGCCAACACUGGCUCUCUUGUCACUUGUGUCAAGAAUUUCCCAGAAAGCCGUGGGAGUGUGCUAGGGAUCUUGAAGGGUUAUGUUGGUCUUAGUGGCGCAAUUAUAACUCAAUUUUUCCAUGCUUUUUAUGGGGGUGAUACGAAGGCUUUGAUUUUGCUCAUAGGAUGGCUUCCUGCUGCAAUCUCUUUUGCCUUCUUGCGUACCAUUCGAAUCAUGAAGGUAAUUCGCCAACCGAAUGAGCUCAAAGUUUUCUACAAUUUUCUCUAUAUAUCUCUUGCCCUGGCCGGGUUUUUGAUGAUCGUGAUCAUCCUGGAGAAAACGCUUAGUUUUACUCGAGGUGAAUAUGGUGGUAGUGCUGCCGUGGUGAUUCUCAUGCUCUUUGUGCCACUUGGUGUUGUUAUUGUAGAAGAAUACAAGAUUUGGAAUAGCAAAAGGCAAGCCUUGAAUGACCCUUCUCCACUGAAAAUUGUCACUGAAAAGCCACCACCAAGCCAAGAAAUUCCUGCCCCGUCUCCUCCCCCGCCAUCUACAUCUAGUGAUAAAAAAUUGGUCACCGUAGAGUCAUCACCGAGCACCACAGACAACAGCAACGUAUCUUGUUGGAAAACUGCUUUUAGGCCACCAGACAGAGGAGAGGAUUUCACCAUACUACAAGCUCUUUUUAGCGUUGACAUGCUCAUCCUCUUCUUAGCUACAAUUUGUGGUAUUGGUGGCACGUUAACGGCUAUAGACAACUUGGGUCAGAUUGGAACUUCAUUAGGGUACCCUAAAAAGAGCAUUAGCACUUUUGUGUCAUUGGUGAGCAUCUGGAAUUAUCUUGGUCGAGUUGUAUCAGGUUUUGGGUCUGAACAUGUCUUGAAAAAGUACAAAUUCUCCCGCCCUUUGCUGUUCACCCUAACCCUCCUCCUUUCUUGUGUUGGUCACCUCCUGAUUGCCUUCAAUGUUUCCGGUGGUCUCUACGUGGCGUCAGUCAUUAUCGGCUUUUGUUUUGGUGCUCAAUGGCCAUUACUCUUUGCUAUCAUCUCAGAACUAUUUGGGCUCAAGUACUACUCUACUUUGUACAAUUUCGGAGCUGCGGCUAGCCCUGUUGGGUUAUAUCUACUUAAUGUGAGACUGACGGGGCAUUUAUAUGAUAAAGAGGCAGGGAAGCAAUUGGCAGCGAAGGGUCUUAAAAGAAAGCAUGGCGAUGCCCUGGAUUGCGUUGGCACCGAGUGCUUCAGGCUGUCCUUCAUUAUCAUUACAGCUGCAACAUUGUUCGGUACCUUUGUUUCAUUAAUUUUGGUGCAUAGGACUAGGAAGUUCUAUAAAAGUGACAUCUACAAGAAAUUCCGAGAGGCGGCAGAGGAAGCAGAGACAGAAAUGGCGGUAUCCGGGAAUGGCGUCGGACGGGCGGAAACAAAGAAUGGCUAGGGAUUUUUAAUUAUUAGCUUCAACUACGAAGAACAGGUUUUAAUAGCAAAAACGAAAAGUUUAAAAUUUAUACGGGGGUAAUUAAGUGCCAUUGAUGAAUUGUAACACAUUAAUUUAUGAUCAUGGGAUUGUAUUUUUUGUGGUGGCCAGUGGCAGGAACAAAAAUAUAAUAUAUUGUGUGGCCUUGACUAUUUUAUAAGAAAAAUGUAGGUGCUUUCUUGUAGACAUUGUAUAAAAUAAAGAAACUUGUUUACUUGGUUA